AUGCUCUACGCGCUUGACAACCCCCAUCUCUCGUUCUGGCAGCGUCUCGCUGUGCAGCCCUACCCAGCCAAGCCUGCCGGUCUCCCCGUCGCCGACUGGGCCUUUGAGCUCUCCCUCUCCCCCUGGGUGCCCCUCCUCACCGGUGUCGUCUACCUCUUCGCUACGCACGCCACCAACCACCGUUUCGGCCCGGGCAAGCCCAAACCCGCCGAUCUCGUCAAACAAUCCUACGGUCUCUCCCAAACCGUCCUCGGUCACAACAUCCUCCUCGCCGUCUACUCGGGUUGGACGUUCUUCCAUGCCGCCACCCGCAUCUUCUCGUACCUCGUUGGCGGUGCUGUUUCCGGCGGACUCUCGGGUUUGACCAACGCCUACUGCACCGUCCCCAUCGCCGACGCCUCCUUCGCAGGGCUCGGCAUCUACGUCUGGCUCUUCUACAUCUCCAAGUACUACGAGAUCAUCGACUCGGUCAUCCUCAUUCUCAAGGGCAAGCCCGUUUCUAAUUUGCAGAGCUAUCACCAUGCCGGUGCGAUCCUGUGCAUGUGGGCGGCAUACAGGUACUCAGCACCGGCCGUGUUCAUCUUUUUGCUCUUCAACUCGUUGGUGCACACGUUGAUGUACACGUACUACUCGAUGACCGCCAUGAAGCUCCCCUUCACGGGUGGGUUGAAGAGGAGCAUGACCACGAUUCAGAUCACCCAGCUCGUCGUGGGCUGUGGUCUCGCAUCGAGUUAUAUGUUCUUGACCUACAACCCGACCGCAUACCCCAAAGGGGCGAGCCCAAGCCCCGGCCGCCACGUGCUCAACCCCGUUGCUGCUGCAUUCAGCUCGUUCGAAUCAGCGUCGAAUGGGACCAGUGCAAGCAACUGGUUGCCCAGCAGCAGCCAAGAGGCCAUGCAGAUCAUCAAGCAGACCGUCCUCGCAAGUGUCAAGGGUGGAAAGACGGAGUGCGUCGCCACUUCCGGCCAGUUCUUCGCCGUCUGUCUCAACGUGGCCUACUUGAUCCCGUUGAUCUAUCUGUUUGUUAGCUUUUAUAUCCGGAGCUACCAGAAGAAGGCUGCUGCCAAGGGAGGAAAGGCGCAGUAG